CGCUGAACCGGAAGCUGUUCCGCGUUCUGUGUGUGUGUGUGUGUGUGUGUGUGAGAGAGCGAGCUCGGUGAUACACUGACAGCUGAGCGAUACGAUGUAACAGCGACGCGUGGGAAUGGAAUAACCUACCGAUACAUACGAGCACAUAAACCUCCCCGAGAGCAGUCGGCGUGGAUUAUGUGUUGAUUUGCUGAGGGCAGUCGUGAUUGUGACACGCUGAUGUCGUUCCACGAGCGUUUCUCACGCGAGUGAUCUUCUCGCAGCCCGCAGCCCGGGUUUCAUCCCGUCAUCCGCAGCUGUUACGCCCAUCAUCUGCGGCGGGGCUCCGUCGAUCAGUGCCGCUCGGUUAUCCGCACUCAGCGGGACUCAUGGGGAACAGCACGUCGUGCUGCGUGUCGUCCAGCCCGAAGCUCCGGCGGAACGCGCACUCGAGGCUGGAGCCGUACCGGCCCGAACCGGAGCUGAGCCGAGAGGACACGGGCUGCAACCUGCAGCACAUCAGCGACAGAGAGAACAUAGACGAGCUCAACAUGGAGUACAAUCCUUCGGACCACCCGCGCGCCAGCACCAUCUUUCUCAGCAAGUCUCAAACAGACGUUCUUUUACCCAACAAGAAAGUUCGGGAAAAACGGAAAAGUCUAUAUGUCAACCAUUUAACACACAUUGCGGAGUCAAAGCAACAUCCGUCUGGCCCAAUGAGACGCAAGUACAGCUCCUGUUCGACGAUCUUCCUGGACGACAGCACCGUUAGCCAACCCAACCUCAAAUACACCAUUAAAUGUGUUUCCCUCGCAAUAUACUACCACAUAAAGAACAGAAAUGUGGACGGGCGAAUGCUGUUAGACAUUUUUGAUGAAAAACUUCAUCCACUUUCAAAAUCGGAGGUGCCGUCAGACUAUGACAAGCAUGAUCCAGAACAGAAACAGAUCUACAGAUUCGUUCGUACGCUCUUCAGUGCCGCCCAGCUCACGGCUGAGUGUGCCAUAGUUACUCUGGUGUAUCUGGAGAGAUUAUUAACAUAUGCAGAGAUUGACAUUUGUCCUGCUAACUGGAAGAGGAUUGUUUUGGGUGCUAUCCUGUUGGCGUCAAAAGUGUGGGAUGAUCAGGCUGUAUGGAAUGUUGACUACUGCCAGAUCCUCAAAGACAUCACCGUGGAAGACAUGAAUGAGUUGGAACGACAGUUUCUGGAGCUGCUGCAGUUCAAUAUUAACGUUCCAUCAAGCGUAUACGCCAAGUACUAUUUUGACUUGCGUUCGCUUUCAGAGGCGAACAACCUCAGCUUUCCCCUUGAGCCUCUCAGCAGAGACAAGGCCCAGAAACUUGAGGCGAUCUCCAGGCUUUGUGACGACAGAUAUAAAGACUUGAGAAAAGCAGCCAAGAAGCGCUCAGUGAGCGCAGAUAACCUGACAGUGGUCAGAUGGUCGCCGGCCAUCAUAUCCUAAUAAAAGUGGACAUUGGGGACUUUCACGAGAGACUGAGAGAAAAAGCGUUCUGUCAGAAGAAGCGUUCUCUAAGAGGACACAUGCGUGCUUAGUACCUCCACAAGACUCUUGAGCCAGAGGUUUUUGUUCUAAAGAGUGCCCUUGCUGGUCAUACGGCUGCUGUAUAUACAAUACACCCACACAAAGAUCACUUUCCAAUCUGUGGCUUAAAGAAGAGAGGAGGACACUGCUACUGCAGUUCAGAAAAAAACUGAAGUAUGUGAAUAUAAAUGAGGGAGAAAGACGCCCAAUGACUGGAACAGCAUUCCAACAGCUCUGUGUCAUACGUGUUUGCCAUUCUAGGUGAGGAAGUAUUCGUGCUGUGUUAAUUGAUAUUGUAUGGUUAGAAAAAUUCCACCUGGAUGCUCAAAGAUGUGUCGUAUCAAGAUCAAGAGCCAAAAUCAACCACUUCUCAAGAUAUUCUUCCAUUCCUUAAAGUAUUUCUCUCCAAAUGGCUGUGAGCUGAUCAAACUCUAAAAUUGCCACUGUACUUACAUAGUUGUUUAACAUUUUCUCAUUUAUCUCAUUUAUUUUAAAUUAAAAACAGUUUAAUAACGGUUAAAAUUAGUCUAACAAUGCAAAUUAAUGGGAAAAUCUGGAUCUUUUUGUUUAGUCUGAUUAUUUUAUUGUGUUUUGUUUUUUCCCUGCAAUUUGUAAUACUCGAUAAAGGCAGUUUGCACCAUUUAGUCUUAUUAUAUAAGAGUAAAGGAAGCUGACUUUGCAUUUCCAAAAGGAAAGUGGUGUGGAGGGUUUCCAUGUGAAGUUCUUGGGACUUUCCUUUUGAAACACAAGAUUCGAUAAUUGAAUGCCUUGAAAUAAUUCGUUUCAAUUGAAAAUGUACAAUGUCGAAAUGGACUGAAAUCGGAAGUUUUAAUACUGAAAUCAAAGGUUUUUCUUCUGCAGAGCCAACAAUGACAUUCCAUCAUCAAUGACCAUGAACGUGUAUAUUCUUGUCACCAUUUUUUUUUAUAACCUCAACAAACGGCAGAUAUACACAUGCUGUCUCACUCAUUUCCAAUUCUCAAAGCAAUACACUGUGUGUUCUAUCUAUUCCGCACAAUACCUAUUGGAAAGACUGGAGCUGGUAUUUGAAACUUUCAGAUAACAUUGAGUUAAAAUUGGUGUCGAAGUCAAAAUACUUAUUAAAGGUGAGGCUCCUAGUGCCACUGCGAUACAAAUGUUUGGACUGAUUGCAGUGUUUUAUUUCUCAAUUACGUCAAACCAGAGAUUGCACUGAAUUGGUGAGAAAGAGGAAUUCCUGCUGUAUCCACUGCCAUCACCUGCAGCGCCUGCGUUUAGCGGGAAAAUGGCCUUAGAUGUAGAAUAUGAAAUUAACCAAUUUAUCUUCCCUUCUCAUUACUAUUUUUUGGUAGUGCUGUCAAACG